AUGGCAUAUCCAGCCGUUUCCGAACCGUAUUCAGUGAAUGUAAAUAGCACAGCAUGUCCAGUACCUUACUCUGCUUUCGCUCCUCAGAUUCCUAAUGAGAUAUAUCCGAAACCACCUCCCUUACUUAUUAAUUUUGAGUUUAAUAUCACCUUGGUUGUUAUUUUUCAGGUUGGCAAUGUUUCUAGACAGACGGACUUAUGCUGCUUGAUAUGUUUGAUAUUUCUAUCACUUUGCACAUUCCCCUUUGGUAUAAUCCUUCUUUGCUUUAUUCCUUGCGCAUUUCGCCAAAAAUGCAGUCAUUGUCAUCGCUUUGCGUAG